AUGGCCUUAGUUCUCUUCAGUCCUCGGUUUAUUCACACUCUAAAUGCCGUGCUUCUGGUGUGGAUGGGUUUGAGCUGGAGCAGCCCAAUCCAGCCCCCCCAGAGCCACCACAGGACAUCACUUGGUGUGGAUCAGGGGGACAAUCCGCUUCUCAAUGCACAGGAAUUUGUGAGCCAAUUUCUGUCCACACUGAACCUCACCAGACUGAUGCCCCAGACCAGGCCCCUUGCUGCUCAUAACGGGCCACUGCCGGAGUACAUGUUGGAACUCUACAACCGAUUUGCCAAUGACCGCUCGACUGUACCAUCUGCAAACAUUGUGCGCAGUUUCAAGAAUGAAGAUUCUUCCUCCUACAUCAUAAGAGAGAACGGUGUAAGGAUACAUCCCCUGCUUUUUAAUAUUUCCAUGCCCCACAAUGAAAACAUAAUAUUAGCUGAGCUUCGUCUUUUCACUUUGGUGCGGAAGGCCCAAAGAUCACACCCUGGCUUUGACUGCAAGGUGACUAUCUACAAAGUACAUGAGGGUGUUGUUUGGACAAAAGAGGUGGGGAAAGAAGGAAGAGGGAGGGAUAAAGAGGAGGUGUUGGAGAUGAAGGAUUUGGAGAAACUGGUGACAAAGGAUAUCCAUGCCAAAGAUAAAAGCUGGGUGUCGUUUGACCUCACUCAUAUGGUUAAAACCUGGCGGAAGUCAGGGCGCGGAACUCAUCGACUGGAAGUUCACAUCGCAAAUCUAGGGUCAGAGGAGGCAGAUGCCACACAUGAGACCACAGAUGAGGGCCAAAGUUUGGUUGAGAUUGAUAUUGACAAGGGCUUGGAAGGGAACCACAACUCAGCGCUGAUUGUGUUCUCAGAUGAUCAGAGCGAAAACCACAAACAGGACGAACAAGAGCCUAAUCAGAUGGUGAAACACGAGAAUAUUCAUCCUGAGAACUUGGGAAGGAGUGAGCAGCCUUUGUGGGGGGACGGAAAUCACAACUCUGGAUAUUCUAGCCAUGACGAGCCCGGUGAACAGUCCGCCGAGCAGCUGCAGUCCAACCUUAUCUAUGACACACCUCCUCGAAUCCGUCGCAAUGUUAAGAGUGAGCCAUGCAAGAGGACACCUCUCUUUGUGGAUUUCAAAGACAUUGGAUGGGAUUCAUGGAUCAUCCAGCCUUUGGGGUAUGAAGCAUACAAGUGUAACGGUGUGUGCAACCCGCCUUUGACCUCCGAGGUAUCACCCACCAGACAUGCCAUAGUACAGUCACGACUCAGCAUCAAGAGCCCUGAGAGAGCAUCUCGUGCCUGCUGCGUGCCCACAAAACUGGAACCAAUCUCUCUGCUUUACCAUGAUAAUGGCGUGAUCACUUUCAACCACAAGUAUGAGGGAAUGGUGGUGGCAGAAUGUGGCUGUAGAUAG